AGACGGGGUUUUGGAGAGGGGCAGGAGACACCAUGUCCAUGCGGAAGGAGGCGGUAAAGGGCUCAUAUGUGUCCAUCCACUCGUCCGGCUUCAGGGACUUCCUGCUGAAGCCCGAGCUGCUGAGGGCCAUCGUGGACUGCGGCUUUGAGCACCCGUCUGAAGUUCAGCAUGAGUGUAUUCCCCAGGCCAUCUUGGGUAUGGAUGUGUUGUGCCAGGCCAAGUCUGGUAUGGGAAAGACUGCUGUAUUUGUACUGGCUACACUGCAGCAGCUGGAGCCUGUCACUGGUCAGGUGUCAGUGCUGGUGAUGUGUCACACACGAGAGCUGGCCUUCCAGAUCAGCAAAGAGUAUGAACGCUUCUCCAAGUACAUGCCACUGUCAAAGGUGGCUGUGUUUUUUGGGGGUCUGUCCAUCAAGAAGGACGAGGAAGCGUUGAAGCGAGAGAGCCCCCAUGUCGUGGUGGGGACUCCGGGGCGCAUUCUAGCCCUCUCCCGCAACAAGAGCCUCAACCUGCGCCACAUCAAACACUUCAUCUUGGAUGAGUGCGACAAGAUGCUAGAACAGCUUGACAUGCGUCGUGAUGUGCAGGAGAUCUUCCGCAUGACUCCCCACGAGAAACAAGUGAUGAUGUUCAGCGCUACUCUCAGCAAAGAGAUCCGUCCUGUCUGCAGGAAGUUCAUGCAAGAUCCGAUGGAGGUCUUUGUGGACGACGAGACGAAGCUGACGCUGCACGGCCUGCAGCAGUACUAUGUCAAACUCAAGGACAACGAGAAGAACAGGAAACUCUUCGACCUGCUUGACGUACUCGAGUUCAACCAGGUGGUGAUCUUUGUGAAGUCGGUGCAGCGUUGCAUUGCUCUCGCUCAGCUACUGGUGGAGCAGAACUUCCCGGCUAUCGCCAUCCACCGAGAGCCCAGUGUUGUUCCUUACAGACUGUCCCGCUACCAGCAAUUUAAAGACUUCCAGCGGCGGAUCCUGGUGGCCACUAAUCUGUUUGGCCGUGGGAUGGACAUUGAAAGGGUCAACAUCGCCUUCAACUAUGACAUGCCGGAGGAUUCAGACACAUACUUGCAUAGGGUAAACACACACACACACAGUGACCAGCAGAUAGCUGACACGGAUUCUGAAAGAAAUAUAAAUUGCUUGGCCUUGUCAUCUUUCCCGUCCUCUCUUGAUUUGUGUUUUGCUCUCUCUCUCUCUCUCUCUCUCUCUCUCUCUUCUCCUGACUUAGUGCAGUGCAGGCCGCUUUGGACGAAGGGUCUGGCCAUCACAUUUGUGUCUGAUGAGACCGGCCGCAUCCUGAACGACGUGCAGGACCGCUUUGAAGUCAACAAUCAGCAGCUACCCGAAGAGAUCGACAUCUCCACUUACAGUAAGUACCGCCCACAUCCACUCUAACAUUACAAAUGUUAGCGGCCUCUCCGGUUUAAUGCCCCUUUACUUCAGGACUUCAACUUUGUUUGGCCUUGCCUCUGCUGUGGAUCUUUUAAUCUGUCAAUAAAUCAAAUGAAAUCAAACAACACAUCUCCGUGUCUCUCUCUACUCUGUCCUGUAGUUGAGCAGAGCCGAAACCCGUGGCGACAGCAGGAGACGCACAGGAGAGACACGAGCUCUGGCUGUUAUCCAGAACUAACUCUACUCUAAUGGAUCAGACUUCAGUGUUAGCCAGAGCCUGCCAGGGGCCAAGCACUUUUCCCUGAGAUUUGGCUUAGUGACGUAGGCUUCCUUUAGGUUCCCUCUGCUGAACCCUGCCGUUUUGAGUGCUGUGUUUCUGCGAUGUGCUCCUCAUGUUUAUUGUGAGGUUUAUUUUACGUGAGCCAAGUGGCAUUUUUUUUUUUCUCUUCCUGUUUUUUUUAUUAUUAUUACUUUCAGAUGUUUACAAAUGUUAUUCACAUACCUGUGAUAAACUUGGUGACAAGUGAUGAAGUCUCAUUUGUAGUACCUGUAGCUUGUGGUAUGCAUCACUUGCUUGACACAAAAAAGUGUUUGUUUGUCUA